GGGCGGGGGGGCAGUUCAUCUUAUAAUGCGAUUGCUUUUCCGAGUUCUGGAGAGAGAGAGAAAGGUAAACGGUGGUAAUUUUGUUUGUGACGAAUUCGAAGAUUUCUUGAGAGAGUGCGUUGAAGACAGAAACGCAAGACAUUCGUUCAGAUUAUUAUACAAGCCAGGUGCUUUUGGGGUUCGACAUUGAGCGUUUUUAUAUUACAUACCCAACUAAGAUUCUUCGGCUGGACCUCUUUAUUUCACACACUACAUACCAGGCUUCCACCCAUCUUUCAAUCUCACGGCAAUCGACUGAGAAUAAUACGGUAAACACACAUAUACCACUUCGACCACACGCUCGAUAAGAACAAACCUACAGCCCCUCACCAAUACUCCGCAACAUCACUAUUACUCUCACCCAAAAUGCGCCACUCUGCCCUUCCCCCUCUCCGCUCAACAUUCUCCCUCGCCUCACUCCGCUCCUCCUUCCGCUCCUCCCGCUCCUCCACAGCAUCCGGCACGCGUUCGCGCACCCCCUCCACCGCGUCCGCAUCCUGGAACCCGCACGGCUCCUUCGCGCCCUCAGCUACCUCAAGCUCAAGCGCAAGUCCCGUCGGUGAUCUCAGCUCGUUGCCUUACAACCCGCUUAGUCGACACCAGCCGCGCACGGCGCGCCGCCAGCAGUCACCAGUUGCGACGGUGAGGAGCAUCUUGUCGAGACAGUCGAGUCUGGUGGAUUUGGAGGAGGAGGAGCGCGAUUUUGGGACGGAGAUUGGGGUUUUGGAGCCGAGGCCAGCGGUGUUUUGGCAGGGGCUUGAGGAGAGGAUGGGGUUAUAAGUGUUCUGUUUCUGGGGAAGGAUGAUGUUGGUGUAAGGAGAGGGUUCUCUGAUCACUUGUGCAAUUUGGAGGGGGUUAUGGCGGCUUUUUUGGGCCUCUUUGAUUGGAAGGAAUAUGAUGGUUGGAUGGAACAGGAUAUGAUUGAUAUGAUGGCUUUCGGUGUUAUAUUUUGUUUCCAUACUUCGUUCUAGGGAUGGACAUGGCGCUUCAGCCCCUAAGAGCCACUAAAUAACCUAACUAAAGCCUCAUUACAGUCUACCUUCAUUGAAACUAAAUUACAC